GGAUCACUUUCAUCUUCCCUCCUUUCGUUGCUUCUCAUCACCGGGGGACCAUCGACUCACUUCAGUCCAAUUCCUCCAUGUCCUCAUCCCCCAGUCCAGUCGAUUUCGCACAACAUGCGCCAAACCCUACGUCGGUCCUGUGCUGCGUGUGCAAAGUCUAAACACAGUUGCGACCUCCGCACGCCGCGGUGCUCCCGCUGCAUCAAGCGCAGGGUCCUGUGCGCCUACGCCAACGAACCCCUGACGGCUGCGCCGGCAGCUUCCGGGUCCGCACCGGGGGGCAGCGCAACAACGUCGCCGGGACCUCCGCUGGACGGAUCCGGUGCUUUGACCAACUACAGAUUCGGUUCUCUUGAUCCUUUUGACUCUUAUCCUCAAACCAGACUUCCACGGGAGCAAGUGCAGCGUCUUAUUCACAGUUUUCUCCACAAGAUCGCGUUCGAAUACUACCCUCUAGACUUGAACGCGACGUCAAACCCAUUCCUCGUCUCCUGGUGGCCACUAGCCCUCGGCGAUCCGGCUUUGUUUCACGUCUCUUUACAAACAGCAUGUCUCGACGAAGAGUUAUUGGCUCAAAAAGGCUUCCAGUCAUCAGAGAUCUUGAUGGCGGAUUCAGUUGCUCUACUUCGCCGGAAGGUUCAAGACGACUCAAUGGCUAUCCAAGAUGGAACCAUGAAUUCUGUUAUCACUUUAGCAGCUAUCGAGUUUGGUAAAGGCAACAUCCAAGUGAGCAAAAUGCACGUUGAUGGAGUGAAAAGACUUGUCAACGUGCGGGGAGGGAUCAAUUCAGUAAGACAAACUAGUCCUCUUACUGCGAGAAUGGUUAGCUGGGUGUCGAUGAUCGUCACCGGAUUGCCGCAAUUCGAAACGCAAAGCGAUGCGGGCAUUGGCGACGGAGUGUCUAUGCCUCCGGAGUGGCAGAUAGACCCAACUGUGUUGGACAGUAAUCUGUCCUAUCUUGGCGAUAUCAAGAUCGAAAACGAGGUCGAAAACGUGUUGAUACGGCUUCAAAGUAUUUUCCGACGCGCGCAGCAAGUACCGCUACAACCAACAAGACUACAUGAUCUUUCAUGUUUCGUCAUACACCGACUUUUGCUAUCAGUGCCAGGAUCAGCAGAGCCACGCUCAGCAACUAGUGAAAGCAUCCGUCUAGCGACUGUACUCUACAUAUUUAUCAUUCAGGGUCCGACAUAUUACUCGCACGCUGUGAUAUUCAACACGAUUGUCAAUCAGCUUAUGGAAAGUCUGAAAGACCUAGCGCCCUACGCCCAGUCCUACAACACUCUCUUCAUUUGGCUUCUGAACAUAGGCAUGGUUGCCUCACAGGGGACACAGCAUUACACCUGGUUGACUGGCUUGGCAAGAGACGUUGUGGCAUUCAACCAAGUGAAGAGUUGGGUCAGUGUGCUUGCCCAUCUCAAAAGUGUUCUCUGGCUGGACAUAGUCCACGGCGAAGACAUUUUCCGACCACAUUGGGACACUAUUCUAGGAAUUCAAAGUUGAAAAAAUGUCGAUACUCAUGUUUUGAGUCUCAAUAAAGUGCAGAUGUACUGAUUGAUUGACCACAACGAGGGGCUAGUCCAGCUUGAGACAUGACCAGUAACUCAAAUAGGAGUAAGAGAGGGAAUAGGUUUACAUUGCACCGGCGAGUGAAGCCUCAAAGUCCGGACAUACCAGGUUCUUUGAAGGUAGUAGUGAACAUUCUUCGCAAUCAAUCACAUCAAAUGCUGAGGGCCGUAAAUGGUUGUAUCCUGCGCUCUCAGCGCGUGCUAUUUUGCGCCCUGUGAGGAAAUGCGCCAAAAUAGGAUGGAAUCAUUUAUGAAACUGUUUCUCAGACCACUGCUACGGAACACAUGUAAUGCUCAAC